UGGCAAACGCCGUAGGACGAAAUGUUUCCCCGAACGGCACAGAUAGCUCACAAUACUCUGGGUCUGCUGCAACUCUCGCUCGCACUUCUUCAAUGUCUCAGGGAACGCCGCUUCCUCCCGACAGCCUCGCGCCUCACUUCCCGAUACAGCCUCCAACUCCGCUACCACUUCCACAUCUACAUUGCUUUCUACAUCUUGGAACUCGUCUUCUCAGAUGUCGUCACCGAAUUCCCAAACAUGGCCGUGCACCAUAUAGUAGCCAUCGCAAUCUUCUUGGGUGCAUUGAGUGAUUUCGGCUCGCUCAGCGCCAUCACCCUGGUGCCGUUUCUCCUGCACGCGGUGUUCUGGACGCUGGGGCAGGGAGUCAGUUUUACCCUGCUGGCGGUGUACAAUAUGGGAUUCGGAUGCAUCAUCUUGCUGCUGGUAGCAAACAACACCAGGCCGCCGCACCGCAGAUGGUUUGCCCCUGUGGCAUGGCCUGUGGUCACCAUGGGUGGCCUUGAGGUAUGCGUCAACUAUGUAACGUACUGUCUGGACUAUGAAGGGGUCAGGUGCCCGAAUAUACAAGACGGACGGAUGGGGGUAGCUCAAAUAUGCCUCGCUGUGGCGGCUGGUACGGUUAUCAUAUUAGCUGGCACGCUGGGAUAUAUGCAAAAAGACAAAGAGACAAAGCGAAGUAAAAAGAUCUGAGG